UAGAAAGUGUUGAUUUCCUAAUCAGAUGGGUGAUGUUGACCCUGACAUGCUCCUUGAAUGGCUGGAAAUGGGCCAGGGUGACGUCAGGGACAUGCAGCUCAUUGCUCUGGAACAGCUCUGCAUGCUCCUGCUUAUGAGCGACAACAUAGAUCAAUGCUUUGAGAGCUGUCCCCCAAGAACCUUCCUCCCAGCUCUAUGCACCAUCUUCAUGGAUGAAUCUGCUCCAGAAAACAUUCUAGAAGCCACUGCAAGAGCAAUGAGAUUUUAUCUAGAUGUCAGCGCUGAGUGCACAAGAAGGAUAGUGUCAGUUGACGGAGCUGUAAAGGCUCUGUGUGACAGACUCAGUAAGAGGAGCGAUACUAGAACCGGUAAAGACCUCUCUGAGCAAUGUAUCAAGGUGCUAGAAUUCAUGGUGACAAGAGAGGCGGGUCUGAUAUUCCAAGCUGGAGGACUACCGGCUAUCCUGAGUUUCAUAUCAGAUAACCAGUCAACUACUCACAAGGACAUACUUCACUCUGCCAUGGCGGUGGUCAGCAAACUUUGUACUAAAUGUGAGCCAACAGAUGAGACACUGCCCGAGUGUGUAGUUACACUCUCUACACUCCUUGAUCACAGUGAUAACCAGGUAUCAGACGGGUCACUAAGAUGUUUUGCGUCUCUCUCUGACCGCUUCACUAGAAAGAACAUAGACCCCGCACCUAUUGGACAUCACGGACUGGUAGAGAACCUGUUGAGCAGGUUGACGAUAGCGUUACCCAGUACCUUCACUCCUACUAGGAACAACGCUGCGGGAAACAGACCUCAAACUACUAAUAGUCAGACUCCUAGCGAGGGUACAGUAAGCAUGGUGAUAUCACUGCUAACAGCUCUGUGUCGAGGGAGUGACAGUAUCACUAACAAACUACUUCACAGUAAUCUAGCUGAGGCUCUUACCUCUGCUCUCAUGGCUAACGAGAGAUGUGUUUUGGACACCAUGAGGUUUAUAGACCUCUUACUACUGCUGAUGUUUGAGGGGCGCAGUGCACUGCCACGUACUAAUCAACCUACUGUUUCCUCCUCUAACCACGGUAACGACUCAGCUAAUCACAAGCAACUUAUAGACAGGAUCAGGAGCAAGGACUCUAACGGCCUCAUUGAGCUCAUGGAGAGUGGGAGCUACGACGUAAACUUUAUGGACGACGUGGGACAAACUCUGUUGAACUGGGCAAGUGCGUUUGGGACUCUGACUAUGGUGGAGUAUUUGGUGAAAAGAGGGGCUGAUGUUAACAGAGGACAGAGGUCCUCCAGUCUCCACUACACCGCCUGUUUUGGGAGGCCAGCAAUUGCUAAAGCCUUGCUAAGAAGUGGAGCUAAUCCUGACCUAAGAGAUGAGGAUGGAAAGACGCCGUUGGACCGGGCGCGUGAGAAGAACGACGAGGGUCAUCGCGAGGUGGUACACAUCCUACAGAACCCCGGUGAGUGGAUGAUGAAUGAAGCGAGCGGGGAAGGAAGUGGCAGUGCCACUGCCACAUUACCUCCAAAACAAGAACCCAUCCCGGCGGAGGAGGAGGAGGUCCCCGAGGAAGAUGCGGAGGAGACUCAAGCACCCUGGGUACGAGACGACGAACUGAUUGUAAAAUACCUGAAAUACUGGAUUCCUCAGUUCACUGAUAUCUUCCAGAACACCCUUUACACCAGUGUAAAGAAGAGUGCGCUGACCCUACUACGGAAAAUAGUCCGGUACACUACACUCAACAUUGUUCAGACACUCUGUGAAGAAGGGGCUCCCUACAGCGCCCAGAUUGUGGAGACCAUUGCUUACGUGCUGGAGGAGGAGGGAGACGAUAACAAAGUACCAGCACUCUCCAUGGUACGGGAUCUGUGCGAGAAGGGAGCAGACCACUUCAUGGACCACUUCUGUAGACUGGGAGUCAUAAACCACAUCAGUAAACGAGCUAAGAUAUACUCAGAUGAGAAGCUCAAGUCAGAUAAGGAGGAUCAGUACAUGGAGGACGCAGCGGAAGUACUGCCCUACAGACCCUACCACUGGUGCCAGUGGAGUAUACUGCACGCUAAGGAAUGUAUCUAUAUCUGGUGUGAUUACACUGCUAUUGCUCUCAGUUCCGGCUCUAACGGCUGGUUUAGUUUUAUAAUGGACGGCAAGUUAUCUACCAUUUACAGUGCAGGGUGUCUUGACUCUAGCGGCACUGACACUUCAGAUUCCCGCUGUGAGUUCCUGGAGAAGCUACAGAGAGCCAAAUGUCAGGUAGCAUCUGAUAAACCAUCCCAACCCAUACUGUCAACUCCUGGUAAUACCAUUGAGUUGGACAAGUGGCGACUCAAGUGCAGGCGUGAAGGAGAACUUGCGAUAGAUAACGUAGAAGGACAACAGAGCACUGUGCUCCGAGAGGAUUUGCCCGGUUUUAUAUUUGAGUCCAACAAGGGCGCCACACAUUCCUUCAAUGCCGAACUUACUUUAGGAGUGGAGUUUGCUGCUGGAUGGGGAAAAAAGACGUGCAAGGUUAAAUCAAAAUCGAAGCAACUGCAACAGCAGAUCAAUGUUUUAUCGGAGGAGAUUUACAUGACAUAUUUCGAGAACAAGAUGAAUCACAUGCGUCCUGUUGUAGCCAAACUGAAAGUGAUCCUCAACAACAUAGAUUCUGCUGUAUCGCUUCACAAUGACGCUAAAUCGGAGAGUGAAUGGAAGCCUCUCCUUUCCUCUUCCUUCAGAAGUUUAGCUGUAUUGCUCCACAGUGACACAUCCUUAUCUACCUUCGAACUUAACUCGUGUGAACUUGUACCUAGUUUACUACGUGCACUUAGUUACAAUGACAUGAAGACAGGAGCGUCCUGCAGCAGUGUUAAACAGCAGAAUGCUAUUAACACUAGUCUACACAAGAGCCAGGAGCGGAUAGAAGUGUUUAAAGAGUGCUUCUUGAACGGGUCCCACGCUCAGGAGGAGAUUGCGACUAAUCUAGUUAAGAAGUUGGUGUCAGUGAUGGAGUCGGUUGAGAACUUACCGUUGUACUUGUACGAGAGUCCGGGAGCGCUCUAUAGCUUGCAGAUACUUACAAAACGGUUGCGGUUCAGACUAGAGCGGUACGCUGGUGAGCACACCCUGUUGGACCGCAGCGGUAGAACACUCAAGAUAGAGCCCAUGACGGCGGUGGGAACCCUCGAGGAGUACCUUCGUAAAAACGUUGCGAAGCAGUGGUUUGACUACGACAGGUCGACCUACAAGUUUAUAAGGGAGGUAAAAGAGGGCGGGUCCCUCAAGUUCACACAAACUUCAGACUUUGACGAGAAUGGAAUUAUAUACUGGAUUGGAACAAACGGAAAGAGCUCUAAGGAGUGGAAGAACCCCAGCUCUAUCAAGGCUGUGGUGUUAUCUUCUUCUGAUGGCAGGAACCUGCCUUACGGAUCUCUUGAUGAUGUGCUGAGCCGGACGGGAGCUGCUAAGAACGUCCAUACUAGCGAUGAUAAGAACGGUUGGAUCAGUGUGGACCUGGCUAUGUGGGUUAUACCCUCCCACUACACACUGAGACACAGCCGGGGUUUCGGCAGGUCAGCUCUCAGGAAUUGGCUCUUCCAGGUGUCGAAGGACAGUAAAGCUUGGGUAACCUUGAGAUCACAUUCCGAUGACACGGCUCUCUCAGAACCUGGUUCUACUGCAACCUGGGAAAUGGAACCGCCUCCCGAUGAGAAACAGGGUUGGAGACAUAUGAGAGUACACGUGAACGGUAAAAACGCUAGCGGUCACUCUCACUACCUCUCAGUGUCCGGUUUUGAAGUGUACGGUACAAUAACGGCUGUGUGCGACGACCCACCAAUAGAACUCCUCCCCACCAAACCUCCUCCUCUCAUGAUGGGAGCUGAUAAGGUGCUCAAGAGAUUAAAUAGGGAUUCAGAUAGUCUGAUGUGUAGACAGAGACUCAGGAUAUAUCGCAAACAGACGGCCGCACAAGUGCUCCGAAACCUGGGUUCCAGGCCGAGUAGAGUGGACUGGAAGGCUCUUCAGAGUGAUACUGAGAGUAUUAAGAGUUGCAGCAGCACUGGUACAGGAGAAGGAGUACCAGGCACACCUGACUCAACAGAAGCUGUGGGGGGUUCAGAGACCCUCUCCAUAGCUACCAUAUCUUCUACCCCUGAUGUAGGAACUGUAGAUGAACUAGAGGAUGCAGGCAGUGUUGCGUCCCGCCAGGACACCCUCAAUACCUUCAACCAGCGUAACCUAGCAACUGAUCUGGAGAACUUUGUGCUGGAGCUGGCCCAGGCCGUGAUGGACACGACCGAUCGGUCCAGUGACAGGAACACUGUGUGUACUAUAAAUGAGCUGCUGGGAGCCAUGCCUCAUAGAACUCAGAGAUCUGCUGCUGAUGUUCUUCUUUCUCAACUAGCUGAUCAGGUUUCAAGACCAGGACCUAGUAGCAGUAACACAGUCCAGCAAAAUAACACCCUGAAUAAGGGAGAGGGUGAAGACAAGAGUAACUUUGCGGAGGAGGAAGACGAGGAGGACGAGGACGAGGAGGACGAGGAGGACGAUGGAGUAGAUGAUGAAGAGUUCUCUGACAUUCCCGAAACCCCUGACGAGCCCAAAGAAGGAGUGACCCCAACAGAUUCCACAAACCAUGACCUCAGCAUCACCGACAUCAUCCCGACCCUGCCUGAUGGCAGUGUAGCGGAGGAGGGCAGUGAUCAGACAUCACGAACCAACUCUUCCAGUGACUACCUCACCCCUGAUACCACCAGUGAGCACAGCGGUGACGUCAUAGCUCAGGGUGAUGACGUCACCCAGCACCAAGGUGAUAUCACGGUUCAAGAUGACGAAUCACCGGCGGGAACACAAGAACCUGACCAAGUCGCAGCUGCGUCAAACGUGGAAGUCUUGGACUCGGUAGCCCAACAAUUCCCAAGCGACGGUGACCUAACAGAGGACGCUACCCCGUCCCUCGACCACGAUACCUCCUCCAGCAGCAGCGGCUCCUCCAACGACAUCACCGACCGACAACAACCACCCUCUGUGUCUUCAGGAGACCCUAACACCUCGGACGCUCCUGACUCCUUCGCUUCUGACUCCUACUUCCCCUACUUCCCUCAACGCAACCUCCUCUCCGAGUUCUCCGACAUCCCCCUCAGCCUGCAGAGUCUACAACGGACCACAGCAGACCAGGAGUCUCCUUCCACUCCCACUAACGAUCUGUCAGCUCAGGGAGCUUCCACUUCGUCAGGUGAGGUGGUACAGGAGGCCGGGUCAGCCGACCAAGAUGUCAACAACAUUCCUGUAGGAGCACAGAGUGGGCACAAGAGAGAGCUGCCUGACUGGCACAAACCCAGGUUCCCAGGAAGAUCUUCCGUGGGAGAGAGGCUGGAGUUCCUUUCGUUUGACGACAGCGAUUUAGUGGGUGAAGGUAUCGCACAUCCAGAAGAUAUGGACAUCGAGGAUGAUGACGAAGAGGACGAUGACGAGGAAGGGAUGGAGUUUGGAAUUGAUCUAGAAAGUGACGAGGACACGGAAGACCAACGACCCCUAAAACGCCGCGUCUGGGACGACGACAUCGUUCUAAAACGCCAGUUCUCCGCCCUGAUUCCGGCAUUUGAUCCCAGACCAGGCCGCAACAACGUGGCUCACACCACUGAUGUCGAGAUAACAGCACCUGGCCCCGACUGCUUUGAUACCGUGUCCGUCAGAGUGCAAAAAGACGUCACGAUAAAACCCAGACUGGCUCUCUUCAUUAGAUGUCCCGCGUUACCGGGGACUAAAGCUGUGGAGUAUCUGUGUCCACAUGACAAGACAGUGUUCUCAUGUCUGGUGGAGAUGACGUGUAGGGAGAAAGCUGGCUAUUUGCCAAGUACUAAUGUGAGGAGGUUUUGGGAACCUACUUACACGCUCGUUUAUAGGGAGACAAGACCUUCUGAUCUUUAUAGAUUACUAAACCAAAAACAAGACCCAUUUGAAACCUCUCCAUUCAAACCACGGUGGGACUACGAGUUUGUUCGCAAGUACCUCGGAACGGAACGGCUCCCCAAGAUGGAACUACUGAACUAUCUUCAAUCCCACGCUGACAGUGUCUGGCUCAAAAAGUGGCGCCUCACCGGAUCUCCUAAAACGAUCAAGAAGAGCAAGAGUUGCAGCAACCUGGCAAACGCGUACAAGGAUUUCGUUCAGCAUUGUGUUUCAGGCUCAGGAAGUGAGACGGAACACGAGUGGUACAAGGAAUUCUCCCAAUGUCUCCAUCUCCUUAACAUAGUCUACUCCGCCCUGGUCCAAACAGACACCUCCUCCUCAGCGGAGGAGGAGGAGGGGGAGAGGAGUAUUGUUAGUGCGGAUAGUUUCCAUUCCAGUAGACUGACCACCAGGUUGAUGCAGCAGGUUCAGGAACCACUGAUGUUGGGGACUAGGUCUGUGCCAGGUUGGUGUGACAGACUGGUGAACCAGUACCCCAUGUUAAUUCCAUUCGAGACGAGGUCUGUGUACUUUAACGCCACCGCUUUCGGUAUCUCCCGCUCUAUCCACUGGUUACAGAGCCUCAGGGACACAACAGAGCAGCGACCCCGGACAGUAGCGACUAGACGGGUAGACGAGAUGGGAGAGUUCAGGAUUGGAAGACUAAAACAUGAGAGAUGUACCAUUCCCAGGGGGGAGGAUUUCCUGGACUGGGCUAACCAGGUUCUGAACACACACGCCAUUAACAAGAGCGUACUGGAGAUAGAGUUCCGCGGGGAGGAGGGAACAGGAAUAGGACCCACACUGGAGUUCUACUCUCUAGUCGCUGCAGAGCUCCAGAGGAAGGAGCUUGGAAUAUGGGUAUGUGACGACGAGAUAACCUCCUCAGAGGGAGUAGAGUUAGAUCUGGGACAGGGCCCUAAACCACGUGGGUACUACGUCAAGGCUGGAUCUCAUGGUCUCUUCCCUGCACCUUACCCUCAGGAUUCCCCAAAACUAACGAAGAUCUGCUCGCUCUUCCAUCUGCUGGGCAUGUUCGUGGGGAAGAGUUUACAAGAUCAGAGACUGGUUGACCUACCCUUGUCCUUACCUUUCUUUAAGAUGUUGUGUAGAGGUACCACUUCGGAACACGUGUCAGACACUAAUUCAGACUCUGGUGAUCACAGUGACAGCGAGGGUACGCUUCUAGAACAUUCCACUGAUUUUAGUUUGUUAAAUCUGAAUACUGCAAUAGUGGGACGUGAACCGUGUUUAAAGUUACACGUGGUUGCAAUCCUGAGUUAUGAUUGGUCAAUACUGGAGACCAUCACUAUGUUGGUUAGGGUGAAAACAUUAAAAUCUCAUCUCGCAGGAACAUCAGAGUCCUUCCUGUUGAAGUCAGAGAGUUUAAGUAGUCUAACAGAAGGGGAACUGAGGUUUAGAUGUGAUAGUGAUGCUGCUUCGGAUAUAUCCUCUGUACAGGGUACAAGCUACGAAGAUGCACCAAACGAGUCUCUCAACAGAAAAUGUGGACCCCUGACAAUCGAGGACAUAGCAGUGGACACUUCCAGCGAGUCCUCCUACACCAAGACCGACACCAGACCGACCGCUGACCGACAGCUGGAAUCACGGUCUGACCGUCACCAACAGGCCUGGUUCUCUGGCAUCCUCAACAACAACGACUUCACCGCCACCAACCCGUACCUAGCCAAGUUUCUCAGCUCACUUGAUGUGCUGGCUGAGCAGAAGAGGAGUAUUUUAUCGGACACAACCCUUACUGAAUCACAAAAACAGGAGAAACUGGACGGUUUGAACUUACCAGGAACCAGUGCUAAGCUAGAGGACCUGUGUGUUUUCUUCCAGUUCACCCCCAGUUCCAACGUGUACGGGUACACGGAGUUCGACCUGAAACCAGGCGGACAGCACAUCCCACUUUCUCUACAGAACAUUGAGGAGUAUUGUGACCUGAGCAGGUCCUUCUGUUUAGACACCGGUAUCAAGAGACAAAUGGAGGCUUUCAAAGGCGGUUUCAACACCGUCUUCUCUUUAUCCCACGUGAAAAUGUUUACUCCGCAAGAAUUCCGACUGCUGCUGUGCGGUGAGAUGUCACCUGAUUGGUCACGUGACGACCUGCUCGAGUACACGGAACCCAAGUUCGGCUACACCCGGGAGAGCACCGGUUUCCUGAACCUGGUGGAAGUGCUGGUGGAGAUGUCCGGGGCCGAGAGGAAGAACUUCUUGCAGUUUGCGACAGGGUGCAGUUCCCUGCCCCCAGGUGGGUUAGCUAACCUCAACCCCCGGUUAACGGUCGUACGGAAGGAGGGAGAAGGAGGGGAUUCCUGUCUUCCCAGUGUUAACACGUGCGUGCAUUAUCUGAAACUUCCAGAGUAUUCCAGUAAGCAGGUGUUACGGGAGAGACUUUUACAGAGUACUCAGGAGAAGGGAUUCCAUCUUAAUUAACUGAUUUGUUAGCUAAUUAAUUAGCUAAUUGAUUAAUGCGAUUUGAGUUUUUCGUUCUGUUGACUGAAGCUUGUCUGUAAUUUUGAGCUUUCAUAAUUUGAACAGCCUGAAGCUGUAUUUAAAUUUUGUAUUUAAUUGACCAUUGGGGAUUGGGGCAUCGGAAAUUAUUUAUAUGGGCAUUUUAGAUGUGCAAUGUAAUCAUAGAUUUCAUUAUAUACUUUCUUGAUAAGAAUACCAAGUUUUUUUUCCAUUUUUUGCCGCUGAGGUUUAAUUUAAUAUCAAUUGCUUGUUUGUUAAAAUGGAUCACACAACUAUCCUCCUGAUGAUCGAAUACGGAUUUCUUUGUUAAGACGAAAACAUUUUUGAUUAGAUUUAAUCACUCUGAUUGCUUGCCAUCCGAAACAGCUGUUAAUUGUUAAGCUUGAAUUUUUACGU